AUAACAUCUUGCCAUGCCAUAUCCAACAUGUAUAAUACUCUCGGCAAGAUACCCCUCUCGCUUUGCGGUACCAAGCAAGUUUAGAGGAAACUUGUGUUGACCUCAGGUAACCAUCUCGAUCUGUGACGUUGACAGUUUUUGCAAACCCCGCCAAAACUUCUCAGGCAUCAGCUGAAGGCCAUACGAAUAUAGAACCGGGAGGGCUUUUCCUCCUUACUCUGAACCAAUGGGCGCGCUUGGUGAUGACGUUAUGACCGUGACGUCACGAAUCACUAGGACAGAAUACAGGGAAAAUUGGACAGCUUAUGUCUAAACGUGACGUCGCUGUAUAUUUAUAGUAAACUGAACAAUAGAAGAAUGGUGGACAUACGCCGCGGGUUUUUCCCUUCUUUCUACCGUCUAUGACGGAUAAGACGUGUAAAACUGUAUAAAAAGGACCGAAGACUUGUGCAAGACCAUAAGUUCGACAUCGCCUACCUAGAAGAUCAUCUCACCGACACGACAUUUGAGAACCCACGCCACUUCGUCUCUGUCGCAGAUCGGUGACAGUUUGUUAAGAGAAAAUGAUCCCAGAGAAGCUCGUCCUCCAGGGCAGGGACCACAGCAGCCGCGGCCUUGUCAUCCAGCUCUUGGCGGCCGGUGUUUUCUUGGUUGCCGCCUGCCUGGUGCUGUGGCAGGGGGCUGAGCUGAGGGAACGCCGGGCCGUGCUGGACAGGGUGCUGGGCGAGGUAGCCUUGCAAAGCGGGGAGAUUCGCUACCUGAGAGAGGAGGUGUACUUGAUGAAGAAAGAAAGAGAAGGCGAAAACACAUACUCUGAGACCCAAGAAGACACCAGCCUUCAAGAUCUGACUGCAGAAAAUGAAUCGGAAUCUACGGACAGUGAUGCUGAUAGUGUUGAUUUGGACGAUGAGAAGGACACACCCUGGCGACUGGAAGAUGUACUGCACGGCAGGUCGAAAAGGAGUGCUAAACUAUCCAUAGUGUGUAACACGCCGGGGCUCCCGUCGAGGUGCAGGGGACCCAGGGGAUUUCCAGGACCGAGAGGACCACGGGGAUUUAAGGGGGAAAAGGGUGACCAGGGACCCCCUGGCUUGCCCGGCCCCAGGGGACAGAAGGGUGACCGUGGCCCAGCCGGCCCCAGGGGUGCUCGUGGCUUGCCUGGCGCCAAAGGAGAGAGGGGUUCCCCGGGCCCAGUCGGUCCACACGUCCGGCAAUGUGACCAGGGACGAGUGGACACUGGUGCACCGCCCCACAGUCUCAAUGCCGGUCUCGGAACCCGCGAUGUCUGCAAAAUCUUUCGCUUCCGCAAUGCCUUCCCUGGCGUACCGGUCGUCCAUAUCGGUCUCUACCACCUUGACCACCACGCUGGUCAGGAACGCAUACACACGUAUGUGAAACGUGCUACAACAACCAUGGCUGAAGUGUGCAUGCGCACGUGGGCUGAUACGCAAUGGGUUAGGGUAGGGGUCGACAUCCAAGCUUGUCUCUGAAGAGAAGCGAUCUCAACCUGCUAGUUGUCAUGUCACAAAUAUCAGUUACAUGAUUCAUUUUCCAUACAAUAAAGAUGGAAAUAUAACAUUACAUGGUAGACAAAAUAUAAGUAUAUUUCCAAUACUUUCAUGUUUGUAGAGAAUGUCUGGAAACAAAUAAACCUCUUACAGUGGAACUU